AUGAAUUUAGAUUCUCCAGAUUACCAACAUAUGGAAUUUGACCACCCUUUUUCUGUGUCUUCUGAGAGUUCUUUGGGGGAUAAAACCGAUUCUUAUCAUCUCGAUCACUUGAGAAAUCUUGUUAUAUUUGGUUCUUGCAACGGCUUAAUCGCAUUGUACCAUCCCGAUCAAGGCAUUUUACUGCGGAAUCCAUCCAACAAAACGCAACUAAAGCUGCCUAAUUUUUUGGGACCGGAUCAUAAAAUUCAUAGCUCUGAUCAUCUUCUCGACGCUAUGACCCCGUCAACGACGAUUACAAGUUGGCGUGACGCAAGAGUUCUGGGUACUCUUGUUGGUUCUUGUUUGCACUGGAUUGCAUUUAAAAAACAUGCAUAUCAAUUGAUUGUUUCUUUUAAUCUAGAAGACGAAAGAUUUCGUGAAGUGCCGAUUCCUAAUGUAUUAAAUCGUGAGUAUUGUCGGCUUAUAGAAUUAGCGGAACUAGGAGGAUGCCUCGGCAUGUGUACGGAUGACCAUGAUGAUUUCUUAGUUGAGAUUUGGGUGAUGAAGCAAUAUAGAAAAGAGAAUCAUGGAUUAAGGGGGUGUUUGGUUCAGCUUUUUGGUGGAUCUUUUGGCUUUUACUUUUCAAAAAGCUCCACCAAAGUGUUUGCUAUCAGCUAUCAGCCAACAGCUAACAGCUAUCAGCAACAACUAACAGCCACCAACUAUAAGAAACAGCUGAACCAAAUAGUCUCAGUAUGUAGAUCGAAUCUAGGCAUGGUAUAUCGUCUUCAAUCACAUGUUAAGCCAAUAGGGUAUUCAAAAACUGGCGAUCAACUCUUAUUAGACGUUCAUAGAUGUUUGUUAUUGAGCUAUGACCUACAAGAGGACGAGGACGAGGACGAGAACGAGGAGAACCAAACAUCUGAACAUCAGCCCCGCAAACGCGUUCAGAGAAUUAGGAUUUUAGAUGCUGAUGAUGAUGAAAUCAAAUGGAAUUAUUCAUUUAAAUGUGUAAGAAGCCUUGUUCCGGUUAAUUUUAAUGCUAAAUGA